UCCAUCAAUGUGUGCUUAAUUUUAAAAGAAGCACAAAAUCAUUUGCAAAACUAAUCUUUCUCUUUCACUCUCUCUAGGUGUAGGUGUUCCAGAUUUCUGUCGCAUCAGAAUAAUAACUGAAAGAUAAAAGAAUCCGAAAUGGAGAACUCAACAUAUCCCAAUGCCUCCUAUGGCAAUGUGUCAGACGCAAACCUCCCAGAGAGCCCCUACAAGACAGUAGAGAUAGUUUUCAUUGUCCUGGUAGCCGGGUCACUGAGUCUGGUCACUGUCAUUGGCAACAUCUUGGUUAUGGUUUCCAUCAAGGUCAACAGGAACCUGCAGACUAUCAACAACUAUUUCCUCUUCAGUUUGGCAUGUGCAGACCUUAUCAUUGGGAUCUGCUCCAUGAACCUGUACACAGUCUACACUGUGAUUGGCUACUGGCCACUGGGGCCUGUGGUCUGCGAUUUGUGGCUGGCCCUGGACUAUGUGGUGAGCAAUGCAUCAGUGAUGAAUCUGCUCAUCAUCAGUUUUGAUCGUUACUUCUGUGUCACCAAGCCACUCAGCUACCCCGUGAAGAGGACCACCAAAAUGGCAGGCAUGAUGAUUGCUGCUGCCUGGGUCCUGUCCUUCAUCCUCUGGGCCCCAGCCAUCCUUUUCUGGCAGUUCAUCGUCGGGGGACGGACCGUGCCUGAGAGAGAGUGCUACAUCCAGUUUUUCUCCAAUGCAGCAGUCACCUUUGGGACGGCUAUUGCCGCUUUCUACUUGCCUGUCAUGAUCAUGAUGGUUCUCUACUGGCAGAUCUCUAGGGCCAGCAAGAGCCGCAUCAAGAAGAAUCACAGGAAACCUUUGGCCAAACAGGAAACCGUCUCCCCCAGUCUGGUGCGAGGUCAAAUCACCAAACCCAACAACAACAACGUGAGUGCAGAAGAAGCAGGCAUGGUCUUAAAGCAGAACCAGAUCCAGCAUCUCCUAAACCAAGACCAGGGCAAGCUGCAGAACGGCAAGGCUCCAUCCUCUGCUGGGGACGGAGGUGAGGAAGGAGGGAUGGUAAACUGUGGCCAAGCAGAAGAGAAGGAGAGCUCUAAUGACUCCACUUCUGUCAGCGCUGUGGCUUCCAAACUGAAGGAAGAGGAGAUGGUGGGUGCCAGCAAAGAGCCACCAGCCAUCCCCAGUCAGCCUCCUUCUCAUCAUCAGGCUGAAGGCUCCAAACUCACUUGCAUCAAAAUCAUUACAAAUUCCCCCAAGGAUGCCACCUCCAACACGACAGCUGAAAUUGUCCCUGGCGCUGAGAAUCAGAACAUAGUAGCUCGCAAGAUCAUCAAGAUGACUAAGCAGCCUCCCAAGAAAAAGAAGGCACCCCCAUCUCGAGAAAAAAAGGUCACUAGGACCAUCCUGGCUAUCCUCCUGGCUUUUAUUGUGACCUGGACGCCGUACAACGUCAUGGUGCUCAUCAAUACCUUCUGCUCCAGCUGUAUACCCAACACCGUCUGGACUAUUGGCUACUGGCUGUGCUACAUCAAUAGCACCAUAAACCCAGCCUGCUAUGCGCUCUGCAAUGCCACCUUUAAAAAGACUUUUAAGCACCUCCUUCUCUGCCAGUACAAGAAUAUUGGGGCUGCCAGAUAGGAACUGAAUAUGUUCUGAGGAGUAGUUUAUUUUCUUUUUUUUGGUUAAAAGAACCCUGUCAUAGCACUUUAUAGGAAUACAAGGGCAUACAAGCCAGAAGAACUAAGUUGAUAGAGCAUUUAUGUAUUGAAGAGAACUGGUGGACUUGUAUUUGGGUUUGCCAUUGGACACGAACACACAUACACACACGUAGACAAAGAGACACAAAAACAGACUCAUCCACACAUGGAGCACCAAAUUGUGGAGGUCAAACCCUAAGAAACUAGGCAAACAAUGACACAAAAUGACAUUUUCAGUAUCUUCAUAUUGUUCAAACAGUUGCAUUGUAAUAUUCUUAUUCUUUUACCUCAAGAUUUAUGUUUAAAGGUAUAUCUAAAUUAAAAUAUUAUGUCACCAAAAUCUAAGGCACACCUUAAAGAAACUUGACAAUUUGCCUAAAUAGCUGUUUCUUAAAAAUAACCAUAACCACAGAUGGGAAAAAUAAGGGCAUUUUGAGCAUGUGUGUGCGUGUGUUGUGUGCACUGGAAAACAAAAACAGAUAUAUACUUAGCAGAUAUUCAUGAAAAUGUCUACACGCAAGCACACAAACACAUGCAAGCACACAAGGAUACAUUGAAAACACAAGAGUGGAGGUUGGUCACACUCUCAUAGAGCACAUAUUUAACAAUUGUGAGGCUUUCAAAAGAGAGUGAAUAACUUCAAUGUUACUUCUACUCGACGAAAAAUAAAAUCUAAAAGGGUCAAUAGGGCUGAUAAGUACUAUGGACUAUAUAGUUUUAACUCAGUACAAAUAUAACAAUGUAUACAUAUAUAAAUAAGUAAAAGCUUGGUGCAGGAAGAUAUGUCUGAAAAGUGAAAAUAGAAAGUGUAUGGGAGUAUGCAGGAACCCUGUUUCUCAAUUCUGUUUUUACUUAAAUAUGUAGAAAUUAAGGAUUUUACUGGUGUUGCUAAUAAUUCCACUGCUCCCCUUCUCAUUGUGAAGUUAAUACAUUUUCUUAACACAUCUGUGGGUACAACUUUAUGGAACACAAGAAAAUCUACACACAAGAGUAGACUAUUUGGCCCAUUUAUGCUCAUCCACUUCCUAGUAGCUGGUUGAUCUCAGAACUGUGUCAAGUAAAUGAUUCCAGCGAUUCAGCUUCAACAAAAUGGCUCUCCUCACCAUUCUUUGUGUAAAGAAGUGUCUCCAACCCUGUGCUCUAAGUCUCCACUUAAUUUCCAGUGAUAUCCUCUGGUCGUGGUUUCUGUGUUGCACUUAAAGUAUUGGUUAGGGGCCUAACAUAGCGAAGCUCUCCAUGUUGGUCCACACCUAUUAUACUCACCUAAUUCUUUCUUUCCAGUUAUAACUUUACUGAAACUAGAAGUUGGUGUUGGUGGACCAUCACAGAGGAGAGUAUUAUACAUUCAGAGAGGUUUCAAAGUUUGAAAAGCUUCUUAAAAAUGAAAUGUUGAACUAAACAAUGACAAUGGAGGCAGUGUGAAAGAUAUUAAAGCUAAUUAAAGGCAGCAGUAAAAACCUUCCUUGAAUUCUGUCAUGUUGUGGGCACCAUUCCCUGCAGCAUCUCCUUUUUCUAGGAAUUCCCUGUACUGAACGGGUCUUUCUUAGCUUCUGAGAUCUGACCUGACUGAUCUGACCACACCUAAUGGCACUACAUUGAAGCAGGGCUGUUAAUCUGAGUCAUGUGUCUCCUAGUCCAGAUAAAGCACUUUCACACCCACCCACUCAUUAAUAAGUGGUACAUUGUUAAAAUAAGUGCCUGAAAUAUAGACAAGGGGGGAUUUAAACUGUUUUUGUUCACAUACUGAAACAACUUGGAAUGUUGUAUGCGUGGUACUUCAGAUGUUGCUAGUUUCUGAGUGCGAAUUCAUGUAUGUUUUGGAAGUUUACUUGAGCUGGCUUUCAUAAUAUAUCUAUAUAUACAGUAAACGUAUAUGAAGAAUAAUAUUCCAACACUAUUAUUUAAUUGCAUUGCGUACACCUGGGUUUUUUAAUUGAAUGUUGAAUGAUCUACAUACUCUCAACCAAAAAUACAUUUAAAUUUAUGUUUGGGACAUGUACAGUAAUCUGCAUGUAAACUAUACUGAAAAUGCACACAUAUGAACUGGAUUAACAAAAUCUGGAUCACAUGGGACCCAUCUAACUUUUAUUAAAGAUUUCAAUAAAAUAUGAGAUGGUGGGUGUCGGACCAAAAUAAGAAGAAAACAUAUUUAUGAUAUUUUUUCACCAAAAGGAUGAUGUCAAAAUUAUUAACAAAAUACCGUAUUUACUCGAAUUUAAGUCGCACUUUUGUGGCCAAAACAAAAGUUCAAUUUGGGGGGAGCGACUUGGAUUCAAGGUUUUUAGUGAGGGUACCAAUUUACAUUUGCACAUGUCAAUUAUUCUGUUGCUCUUGAACAAGACCAGCUGUACACAGCACUGCCCACUACAGAUAUUACUCUCGGUACAGUACUGGUAUAUUAAAAUGGCUGCACAGCGAACUUCAUGAACAUUUGUUAAUGUAGCUUUUAAAAGUAAUUUUGUUUGCUGAAGAAAAGAGAAUCUGCGGCAUCUGAGAUGUGUCAGAAGAUGGAGACGCAAUCGAAAGGCUAUGUAAUACUAUAAUAUUACCAGUAUAGUACUUGCUGAAAUGAUCAAGGCAGAUCCGGCUUCAAAAUGAACAAUCAUGAUUUAUAUAUCUUUCUUUCUCUAUCUGGAGGAGCACAAGAAACAGAAACACUGAGGUAUGUACUGCUUAAUGGCGGAUUCGCCAUCGCUCUCCGAUUCUCUAACUUACUCACUGUUAUUAUGGUCUGUGCCUGGUUUAACUACGGGAACCCCACUAGUGUAAACUCCAAAGUCCUAACUCAAACCUAAAAUGAACUAUACAUUUCUGUCUUGCACUCAUUUUGCAUGCGAACUUGACAGAGUCACGUUGGCCAAAUUAAAUAAACAAGGACAAUAAAGCAGAUUGAAAUAAAGUUCAAGGUAAUUGACCCUUUCCCAGCUACCAUAAACUGCAAUGACUGUCGUUCAAUACUGAAAGUACUUUACAUAUUUUCUUUUCCCAUUUGCAUUUGUAAUUAGUAGGUGACGUACUCUGAUGCUUUAAUGUACAGUAAUACAGUGUUCCCUUAAAAAGUAAUUUAACCGUUAAUUAUUGUGUUUUUUUUUCAUUAAGAGUUUUUUUUUUGGUGUCCGUAUUUGGGGGUGCGACUUGAAUUCAGGGGCGACUUAAAUUUGAGUAAAUGCAGUAAUUAAAAACAACAAAACAGAAACAUACAUGAAUAUGAAGAUGCUCACUCAUAUUCUAACAAGGAAGAAUAAUGGAGUCUUGGUUCUAAAUGUCAGCGUUAAACAAAUCAGAAAUCAAAUUGUAUUAAUCUCUUUUCAAUCUUGCAGAUUUGUUCCACUCAAGAAAUGUACUGUAAGCCUUCUAGGUUUUACAGAUACUAUUAAUCAAACAUUGCACAUUUUCUCAGAUGAGCUCAUUAAGGGGAGAGAGAGAAGGCAAGAUAAACUACUUUGACUACUGCUGGUUCUGGGUAUUCUAAAUUACGUAUGAGAAAUCCACCAAUCCCUGUUGAAGAUUAAUGUGUAGAGAGUCUCUUAUUGUAAGAGACAAUUUCACAAAGUUUGAACAAUUGCACGAGAUGGCAUCUCUUAUACGUAGGGGUCUACUUAAAUCGCAAUAAAUGUACGUAUUUUUCGCUGGUAUGUUAUGGAAUAAAAUUAGGAUUUCGCGGACCUGUUUAAACAUUAAAUAAACCUAAGUAGACAAUAUUUCAGAGCACUAUAAAAGCCUAAAAAUAGUGGCACUUGCUUCCUUACUACAACAGAGUGCUGUCAUUUGUUAAAGGCAAGCAUACAACAUCCCCCAGCAGUUGCUGCCGGGAUGUAUUUUCUCCAAAGACAAAUUACAAGGUGUGCAAAACAAUUACCUCCAUCUGCAUGUACAGUUUCUAUGGGAAAUGUCUUGACACGAUCAUCAGCCACAAUCUACUUUGCUUUUUUUGCUUUGUCGUCCAUUUCUAGUAUUUCACCUCCAAUGCUGAAAACUAGAUUUUAGCAACCUAAAUCAAAACAAUGCAGCACUGACUUUGUCCAACCCCCUACUGUGUAGUACAGGUCACAGAAAAGCCAGUACAGAUGCACUGAUAGGCUGAUUAAAACAUCGUUGUCAUUUGAACAGUAAACAAGAACAUUACCCAUUUUGGAGUAUAUUUUUGUAAAUGUUAUUUGUCUAAGAACGUUUUUUUAUUUGAUUUGUUUAGUUUUGCAAUGCACACAGGACGGCGAAGGAAUAAUAAAAAAAGGGCUAUCUACAGAAUAAAAAUACAUAGUUUGCGUCGCUUGCGUUGUGCAGUAGCUCAUUUAAACAAGGCUUCUUUAUUUCUCUCCGUACUUGUCCGGUAUGCAUUGGACUCUUAAAGAGGUCAAUUUCGUGGUGUCCCCUCAAUUUCCUGAUUUUCGCGAAAUCCACAAUUUAGGUAGACCCCUACUUAACAGUAUAACAUAAUAUAAUUUCUUUAUCUAAUAGACCAUGUUCAGAAAGCAUUACCACGCCAGUAUAUGCAUUGCUCAGAAACAAUCAGCUGUUGUACUCUUUUCGAUUGCUUAUUAUGUUUCAAAACUCUUUCUAACCUUAAAGAACAUUUGCGAACAUGUCACAAGGUGACAAAUUGUGAACCCCUGCAACACACUGUUAUUAUUUUGUACACACGUGUGGAUUUAUUUUAUUUAUUUUUUGGACUAAGAAUUGCUUACUUUAAAUAUUAUGUUUCUG